AUGUGUCUAAAAUCUUCUAUUCUUCCUUCAGAAGAGCACGAUGCCAGACAGUCAGACGCAAAAGGCUCCUACUUGGUUGAAAUUCUGAGGAUGUACUUUCCUCACAGAUAUAAACGCUUGAUCAAUCCAUUACAUUAYCGGUUCUAUGGCGGUGAAAAGCGCAUGAAUACUGCUGGUAAACAUGAAAUGAAGGAAGUGAAACUGUUCGAGAAAAAAGAAAAAUUCCUGUUGCCAAGGAAGAAAAAAGAAAAGAUCAAAMGACCAACGARCCAUAAMCYCYCAAAACAUUUUCUACUUGGAAAAAAGCACGAGAAGAAAGACUUGGAUAAAUUGCAUGACAGWAGUUUAGGGARUYUGAAAMUGGUUMCAAGWAAUGAUAGAGAACUACGCGCUGUCAGGAAAGACAGUUUAGUGAAUUUACUACAAGGCGUUCAAAAAGAUAAGAACGACACGUCCAAGAGUUCUAACCAAUCCCUGGUUGUACAACUAAAUAAUAACACAAAACCUACAACGGCAGCACCAACAACAAGCAAACAAAAAGACGAACCACAAGUGCCAGAAAAGCUUGUCGACUAUAAAGCGGCGGAGAGCGGUAACAUCACUGCAGUGCUGAGCAAAGGCCUGAGGAAAAUUGUUUCGCAGCUGCGCAAGGUAUUAAAGAAAGACUCAAAAUAUCUAAAAACCAAGAAGAAAGUAAAAACUCCAAAGCAUAAAACYAAGAAACACAAACAUAUAAAUUUCCAGAAAUUGUUCAACGAUAUGUUGAAGAGCAAGGAAGAAGCUUUAUCGAAUAAUAAUGGGAUUAACAGUUUCGAYUCCAAUAUAGCAGAACUAAAAGGCGCGAAUGAGUUCAAUGACAUGAACCAAAUAAAUCCAAGUGAGAUAACGGGCGGGAUAAGCGUUGUUCCUAGUGAAGAAAACUCCAAUGAAAUGAAUGGAAUGGAUGUCAUCAAGAUUGAAAAUCCAAAUGCUUUAACAAACAAAAAUAGAAUGAGCAGCGAAGUUGUUGCCUUCAAUGGAAGUCCASCGAGAUUAAAYGAGCAGGCUACAAGAAUAAAUGGCGGAAAUGCAAGAAUUAAUGAUAUYACCGAAACAAAUGGAAUAAUUGCAAUGGAACGAGUUCCUUCAAUGGAACGAGUUUCUGAAAUUGAAGGAGUUCCUUCAAUGAACAGAGUUCCUUCAAUGGAACGAGCUCCUUCAAUGGAACGAGUUCCUGCAAUUGAACGAGUUCCUUCAAUGAACAGAGUUCCUGCAAUUGAACGAGUUCCUGCAAUGGAAGAAGUUCCUGCAAUGGACAGAGUACCUUCAGUGGACAGAGUUUCUGCAAUGAGCAAUCGUAUUGAAGUGACACGUCCUGAUGAAAUGKCACGAAUACAGGGUGUCGCAGAAAUGAGCCGUGGAAUGGUGGGAGAGAAUGCAGUGUCAGAGACGGCUGGUAUUCCAGAAGCUGGAAUGAAUGUCAUGAGUCAAGUGAUGCCAAAGCAAAAUCCUCUGAAUAGACAAAUGGUAGCAAAUCUACAAACAGUCCCUAUGUUCAAGUCCUCAAUGAACAAUAUCUCUCCAUAUACAGCAGGUAUGCAGCAAGCUCCCGUCCUACAGCGUGUURUUUAUCCACAAAGUCAACUCGUUCCAAUAAACAAUUUAGGCUUGAAUCAGCAACAGUUCUUGCCGGAAAGAAUCCCWCCUGUCGGCUUUCGGCAUCUGGUUUAUGGUUAUGGCGUCGGUGCAGCUCCGAURUWUUCACAGUUUGCUCAUCAAGCCGCUCCUAGCAUGCGUCAUUAUUAUGCUGGGCUUUAUGAAGCGGAUCAUGACGAGGCAGAUAGAGAUGAUGAUGAUGACGAUGACGAYGAUGUACAGGRGGGUAGUUAUCGACGAAAYAAAAUCAAGAAUCAUCCACCCAAGCUGGACAAAAAAGCAACACCUCAAAARACUAAACACAAARCGAAACAUCAAAGUCAUAAUUAAUUACAGACAGAAUCUCUUGAAAAAGUUUUAAGAAGUUUGUCGGAAGAUUUUGGUUGAAUUAGAAGAACGGCUUUAUCGAUCAUAGAAUUAUGUCUUUUGYCAAAGCCUUUUUAGCACUGCUUGUCAAUAUUAUGGCCAAAGUCUUCCAUUACAUGAUCUAAAGAAUCAAACAAUCCGAUACUAAAAGUUUUCUAGUUGUUGUCACGUAGGGAAACUCCCUCGGAAUCACAWCAUAUGAAGUUCACCUUCAUCUUGCUUCAUGGGACUUCGUUUUCAACUCAAUGUCGCUUUUAGUAAAGUGAGAGGGUCUUAAACGUGUUUUUAAAAGCCAUGUUUUGGCUUUCGAGGACUACUACUUCACGCACAUCCUUGAGAAUCGCCAUUAUGUUUGUUUAAGUUUUUAACUUUAAACAAUAUCACAUCAUGAUUGUAUUUAAAAACUGAAUGCUGUUGUAAUACUUAAUCGAAAGUAUUAUAGUUCCCUAUAGUAAAUAAAUCUGAACAUGACUUUUACCACGUUGAAAAGGAAUUUCCAAUACAGGUUCUUAGAAAAAACCUACCUUGACGGCGGUACAAUAAAAGUCGUAUUACGUAGCUUUGCAAUGAACUCAUAAUUACUGGUAAAUGCUCUUCAGAUUUAACAAAGGUGAAUGCACAUUAAACAUCACCGGGYCCGUCAAAAACAUCACCGCCGAUAAGUUAAAAAUGUCUCCAUAUUUCACACUACUGCUUCUUCUUUUAAUUAACGAAUCUUUAGCUAAAGGCAAGACAAACUCUACUAAAACCAAAGUUGCSCAUGKGUUGAAAAAAUCMAARCCACAYCACAAAUCCGCUCAACGUAAAGGUUCCAUGGUAUUUGAAGAAACCUCUAAAGAAAAAAUCAAGUCGUCCCUCGACAAGUCGUUUGGACUUCUUAGUCCUUGGAAUAAAAAUACGGGGGAUGUUUUCACGGGGUGCUUGGGUCAACAGGACGGGUUAUCAGAUCAACAAGCCGGCUUACUUAAUCAACCAAUCAACCCAAUGAUGCGGAUUAAUGGAUAUCCCAUCAACCCGAAGGGCUCCAAAUCCUUGAGUCAAACACUGGAUGGAAAUCUCGAAGAAGAAGAAGAYCUGAAGGAGGUCAUGUCUCAGAUAACUGGACGAAGGGCCGCCUUCAGAGGACACAAGUUUGGUGGGGGCUGGAGACCUUUGAGGCCGAUAAAUUAUCCAAUGCACCGUAUGUCGCAAGGAAUGGCGGGUAGAGGAAUGCUGGGAAAUAUUAAUGUGAAUGACGGAUAUAGGAGAGAAAAAACAAUCCAUGUGCACGCAAAAAGAAAAAAUGACAUUUUCAAAAAUCUUCAUGGUUUGAUWCUUAGGAAGAUGUAUGAAAAACGACUUGCAAAGCUACGUGCAAGAAGACUGCAACUUUUAAAACUACAGGCAAGGAGGCUUCGGAUUCUUAAACUCAUGAAGAACGUUCAACAAGCAGAUAAAAUGAAAUUAAUGAAUUGUUAAUAUUUUAGCAUGUUAAUACUUGUGAAUAGGGUUGUAAAGAAGUUUGUAAAGUCAUCGUAGAUUGUUAUUCAGCUAUAUACAGCAUAGAACUCGAUCUGAUCAAUGUAUAAAAUUAUCACUAUC